AGCAUUGUCACCAUCGCCCAAAUACAUCGACAAUGGCAUCGAAAAGGAUGCAGAGCUUCUCGAGAAGCUUAAAAACACUGCGGACCUUUAAUUCGACUUCUAAAGACCCUUUAACGCAAUGCCUUGCACCAGGACUCUCGAGGUCAAUGGCAACAGAGACCUCAAUGCCCUCUCAAGUAUCACGAGAAUAUGAUCCCACCUUCCUCCAAACCGCCACCGACCCAGCCUUUGAGCUUCAAGACUCAGUCCUCACAACCAUCUACAAAUUCCCCACCAUGGAGCCCCUACGCUUCGAAUCGUACGCCAGCAAACAUCUACAUCUCCCCCUCCGUCGAGACAUCCUACACCGUGCCGUGAUCUUUGAAGGUGACUUCACACGCCAAGGCACUGCAUCAACGAAAACGCGCUGGGAAAUCCACGGUUCGCACCGGAAGAUUCGCCCUCAGAAGGGGACGGGAAUGGCACGUUUGGGAACUAGGCAAUCUCCCAUGCUGAAAGGCGGAGGGAAAUCCUUUGGUCCGCACCCGAGAGAUUUUGCUACGGCGUUGCCGAAGAAGAUGUAUGAUCUUGCGUGGCGGACGGCGCUGAGCUGGAGGUAUAGGAGGGGCGAAUUGAUUGUUUGCGAGGAUGGGAUGGAUAUCGAGCAUCCGAAGACACGGUUUGCGAGGCAGAUUUUCGAGCAUAAUCAUUGGGGCCGCGAGGACGGCAGGAGUCUGGUUAUCACGGGGAGCUUCAAGAAGAAUCUUUUCAGGGCAUUGCGACAUGCCGGGGAGGAUGGGAGAGUGCAGAUGGUUAAGGAGGUGGAUGUUAAGGAUUUGUUGGAGUUGGGGAGGGUGAUUAUUGAGAAGAGGGCGCUGGAUGAGAUUUUGAGCCAACAUCAGAGUGAUCUUGUCUCGAAGGUCAGGAGCGCUGUAUAGGUAUCGUGUCUGGGGAGUUUGUAGAGAGAAUCUUGUACAUAUUUGUAACAAUUACUGAUGACAUGCAGUUUCUUGCAGGUGCGGUCUUUCUAACUCGGCCCGUAAGAGGAGUUUGUCCUUUGGGAACACUUUUUAAUUUCAUUAUUUUAAGUGGAGUUUGUACAAUUGCGCUAUUUCCAAUCUUCGUUUUUCCACGUGUCUACAACUCAUGGAGCGAUUUUAUAAUCUACGGAACCCUGAAGGCCCAGUAGCGUUAGAAACUACCUGUAGGGCG